CAUACGAUUUUCACUUUGCCCCUUUUCUUCUGUUGAGAGAGAUCUGAGAAAACCCUAGCUGUCUGGCCUUCUUGAUUUGGUCUCUUCUCUCUUGAAGAGAAGAAAACCCGGAAGGUUUUUAGAUCGUUAAUCCUUUCCGGGUCUCGGAAGGUUUUUUGAUCGUUAAUCCUUUCCGCAUAAAAACGACCCAGGGUUUUACGGGUUCAUAAGUUUCUCUGGGAAGUUCUUUCGGAUUUCGAAAAGAAAAGCCGAUCAUGUCAAGGUGCUUUCCUUACCCGCCUCCAGGGUAUUUAAGGCACGGAUUGGUCGAAUCGAUUAAGCUCGAAAGAGAAAAGGUUCUACCAAAAACAGAACGGAAAAUACAUAAGAGGAGGGAGAAGAAGGAGAAGAAAAAGAAGGAAAGAAAAGAAAAGGAGAAAACUCACGGUAUCAGCAAGAAACUUAAGAAGCUUGUUGAUGAUCUAAACGGUGAUAAAGAUGAGCAAUUGGGGAACAGUGACCUUACUGAGGAGCAUGAACCACCUGUUUGCUACUUGUCUGAUGGCACCCAAAACAGCAACAAGAGAAAAAGGGAAACCCCUUCCUCAAGUGAAUGCAGGGUUAAUGGGAGUAUAAAGAUUCGGUUUUCCUUUAAAAAGCCCCGGGAAUCUGAUGCAUCUCUCUGUGAAGAACGGGUUUGCUCUACCUCUGGAAGGGCGGAUUGUUCCACCCAACCGAUAGCUCAAGAGCAGCCUGACCCUUCGAAUCAAAAGGAAAAUAUAAUUACUCAUGUGCCAGAACAGAAAAUUACUACUGUGCUAGAACAGAAACUAUGGCGUGACAAUGAAAGGAAACAGCAAAUUCCCUCUUCCGGAACUUCAGUGUUUGGCAACAAGAUGAAGAAGGCAGCAUUGCAGUAUAAAACCUUGCUUGAGGAUUUGAUGCCACUUCCUCUCCAAUUGCAGAACCAUGAUGACUAUGAUGAUGACUGGCUUUUUAAGUCGAAGCAGCAAGGAAAACAUGCGGGUGAAAGAUCCAAAGUUGACGAUGACGUUAGAUGUCCUACUAUUGCAACUUCAUGUCCGCGUGCUCAUUUUCUUCCGGAUGUUGAGAUUUAUGCUUUGCCUUAUACUGUUCCAUUUUGAUCCCUUUGGCUUUUGAAGAAUCUGAUGUAACAGCUCCUGGCAGAGGGGUCUAUUUUUUUUCCCUCCCCUACAAGGAGCGCUCAUAAUUCUUUUAGUCAGUUAACAAAAUUGUAGCUUGGCGGCACAGGGCGACAAUGCCUAACUUGUACAGUUGUUGAGACUUUCACCCAAGACUGAAACAAUAGAAGAAUUUAUCUGCAUAACGUUUCUGAUGGCAUUUGAAUUCAA